GUUUUCCCAUAUUGAAAUGUGAGCAUGCCCCGAAGACAGGGAUUGUUCUUUGUCCUGUUCACUGUGGGUCCGCAGCCCCUAGACCAGCGCCUAGCACACAGGAGAGCCACCUCCGAGAAGCACAGCUCUCCAACCUGAGCCUACACCCCUUUAUUAAGCCUGAGGACUGACAGUCUGUUUUCCGCCCUUGGCUAUUACAAUGGACUCGUUCCAACUGCAGAACUAGGUGCACUGACAAUUUUAAUAAAUGUUGCCAAUUUCCCUCCAAAGAGACGACCCAAUCCAGCAGAAAGACAACUACUGUCAAUCGCCCCUCCAGAGCUGGAGAAGGGACGGGGCGGGAGGGGAUGAAGGUGCCCAUUUUGCAGACGAGGACACCGAGGCCCGGAGAGAUCCCUCCUCCAGGAUCUGUGCGCACGGACCCCGUGGAAGGCACGCUGUGUCACUGCCCUCGGCUUGCACGUCCACAACACCCCAGUCCAAGCCACCGGCCUGGCCAACCCGGGCCCCGCCCCCUCACGGAGCGCGCCGCGCAGGCCCCGCCCCCUUUCUCGCGAGAGCCGGGAGGCGGAAAAUGGCGCCGACGUGAGCGCGAGCCCGCAUCUCCGAGAGGGUACUCUCCGCCUCGAUCGGAGCCGCCGGAGCCACCGGAACAAGAGGCCGAGCUGAGUGGAGGAUGGAGGAGGAACCCUCGGGGCCCAGCCCGGAAAUGCUGGCCACCGAAGAGCCCAACUCCAGUGAGACGGACAAGGAGGUGUUGUCCCCAGUUGUGGCUGCUGUAGCCACCUCCUGCUCCAUGGCAGAGGAGUCAGGCCCCGACCAGGCAGCCACAUCCCCAGCGUGGGACCGUGGGGGGCCUGGAGGGACACAGCAGGGUGCCUCCCCAGCCCCAGACACCUGCCAGCCUGGCCCUGGACCCAGCCCUGGUGCCACCAGCACAGCAUCUGCGACCAGCGAGGACCUGCGGCCUCCCAGACGGCGCCCACCACCAGGAAAGCAAAUACCUUGCUCCAGCCCUGGCUGCUGCCUCAGUUUCCCCAGUGUUCGUGACCUAGCACAGCAUCUGCGAACCCACUGCCCGCCCACACAGUCCCUGGAAGGCAAGCUCUUCCGCUGCUCAGCCCUGAGCUGCACGGAGACCUUCCCCAGCAUGCAGGACCUGGUGGCGCAUGGCAAGCUGCAUUACAAGCCCAACCGCUACUUCAAGUGUGAGAACUGCCUCCUGCGCUUCCGCACGCACCGCUCUCUCUUCAAACAUCUGCAUGUUUGCGCGGAGCAUGCGCAGAGCCCAGCCCCGCCGCCACCCCCAGCCCUGGAAAAGGAGCCACCUGCGCCUGAGCGCCCCCCGGAGUCCGACCCUGCGUCGGCGGCGCAGGGCCUGCAGUUCCCGCUGCUCGAGCCCUUCACGACCCCUGCCCCUGCCCCCGCGCCCACUGGGCCCUUCCUGCCUUAUUUGAACCCCACGCCCUUUGGCCUAAGCCCCCCACGCCUGCGCCACUUCCUGGCCACCUCUCCCGGGCCGCCGGCCUCCAGCGCCGCCGUCUGGAAAAAGAGCCAAGGUGCUGGAAGCAGCCCUCGAAGACCCCAGGGCGGCUCCGAUGCGCCCUCAGGGCACGCGGCCCCGAGCCGCAUCGUGUGGGAGCACACGCGCGGCCGCUACUCGUGCAUGCAGUGCGCCUUCUCCACGGCCUCGCGGCCCGCCAUGACGCUGCACCUGGAGGACCACCGCCCCGGCGGCCCCGCCGCCCCGCCGCCGCGCCCCGACACCCCGGCGGGUAAGGCCGAGGAGCCCGCGGGUGGACGGGGCGGGGGUCCAGAGGCGAGACUCAGGCGCCCCCCUCUUCUGCCCCACUCAGAACCGGCCCCGCUCGCACCCAAGGUGUCGCCGCUGCUGUAAAGGGGGAGCUUCCAGCUUUCUCGCCACUCUGAACUCCGCUGCGUUGGAGUGGGCCGUGGGGCGUGGGUAGCUUGUAACUCGGGGGAGGGCGGGGACAAUAAAGGAGGCGCCAUGAGCCGGCC